CAAGCCGGUUUCAUUUUUUAAAGGAAAAUUGCCAAUUUCUACCUAAAACAACUUCAAUGGGCAGUCCCCAAAUCACUGAAAACCCCACAAUAGCUGUUGAUGAGGAUGAAGAAAAUGGAAUUAGCGCAGAGUGUAAGGAGUUGAUUCAUGGUUGUCGCAAGGAGAAAGGUUGGAGAACUUCAUUCCUGUAUGAGUUCCAAGGGUUCUGGUGUCAACCCAAAGAGAUUGAUGCCAUACUUUCUUUUCAGAAACACUACCUGGCAAGAGACUCUGAUGUAAUCCUUGCUACCAUUCCUAAAUCAGGUACAACAUGGAUCAAAUCCUUGACUUUUGCCAUCAUGAACCGUAACAAUGUCCCCGUUUCUGAUGGAAACCAUCCCUUGCUUGCUUCAAACCCUCAUGAUCUAGUACCUUUCUUUGAAUACAAGCUUUAUGCCAACAACCAAAACCCCAACCUCUCCAUUCUUCCCAAGCCUAGAAUUUUUGCCACUCAUAUUCCGUUCAGUUCGUUGUCGGAAUCGAUUAAGAGUUCUGAUUAUCGGAUCGUAUACGUAUGCCGAAACCCUUUGGACACGUUCAUCUCUUCAUGGCAUUACAUCAACCAACUGAGGAGGGAAUCCCGACCUCCGAUCCCAGUAGAAGAAGCUUUCGACAUGUAUUGCAAGGGGGUGAUCGGGUAUGGACCCUUUUGGGAGCAUAUGCUAGGGUAUUGGAAAGAAAGCCAGGAGAGGCCGAGUAAGGUUUUGUUCAUGACAUAUGAGGACAUGAAAGAAGAUGCCAUGUCCCAUGUGAAGAUGUUGGCAAAUUUCUUGGGCCUCCCUUUCUCAGUUGAAGAGGAAAAACAAGGUUUGAUAGAGGAGAUUGUGAAACUAUGUAGCUUCAAGAAAUUGAAAGAUUUGGAGGUCAAUCAAAAUGGGAAAUCAAUUAAGAAUUUUGAAAACAAGCACUUGUUUAGGAAAGGAGAAGUUGGAGAUUGGGUGAAUUAUCUUUCCCCUUCAAUGGUUCACCAAUUGUCCAAAAUUAUGGACGAAAAACUAGGUGAUUUUGGCCUAAAAUUCAAGGUAUGUUCAACUGUACCUUGAUCAACAUGCAGUCGUUUAAUGCAUGGUUGGCCAUUCAUCUCAGUUCCUUUGAAAAUGUUAAAAAUAUCUAGUUUCAAUAAGACUACUUUGUGAGAUCAAUGUUCAAAAUGGUAAUGGGAGUGUGAUGUAAUGUAAUUUUAUGUUUGUAACUUCAAUAAUAAUUUUGUAGUGUGUAGAAGGAGAUAUAAAUAAUAAAAAUUAUCAUUAAU